UACAGGAUUAGCAGGUGAAGUGAGUGGAAUGUAAUUUGCAUGGGGUGAGGAUGCCAGAGUUGCGAAGCGGAGCCCGAAGAUCAAAACGGUUGGAUAAUCUACAACCUACACAGCCCUUUGAGCAGCCUGAGGAUUGUGCACUGCCUGCUCAGACUCGGACCCGGAGGAGAGGUGGUGGUGGUGGUGGAAGAGGGAGGGGCUCUAAUGCUGCAGCUGUAGGGAAAGGGCGUACUCCUGCUACUAAGGCAACUGGUGCCGGUAGAGGCCGAGGCAUUAGGAUUAUAGAUUUAGAUCCAGAACCUUGUGAAGUCAUUCCUGAAGCAGCAGCUUUGGGAGCUGCAGACCCUGCUUUUAAUCAAGUAGAGGUGGUAGGAGAGAAAGACAUUGCAAUGGAGGGUGGAAGUGCUGACAAAGCGAUGGGGGUUGAAGAAGAAGCUAGCACGACCCCAGUUCCUGAUAGGGUACAGGUGUCUAAUUCUCCUGUAUACAAGACUGAAAGGAAGUUGGGAAAAGGUGGUUUUGGCCAAGUGUAUGUUGGCAGAAGGGUAACUGGUGGGUCUGAUAGAACUGGACCAGAUGCAAUAGAGGUUGCAUUGAAAUUUGAGCACCGAAAUAGCAAAGGUUGCAAUUAUGGCCCUCCUUAUGAGUGGCAAGUGUACAACACCUUAAAUGGAUGCUAUGGGAUCCCUUGGGUUCAUUACAAGGGUCGACAGGGAGAUUUCUAUAUUCUGGUUAUGGACAUGCUUGGCCCUAGUCUUUGGGAUGUCUGGAAUUCUCUGGGACAAUCGAUGUCACCAAACAUGGCUGCUUGCUUCGCAGUGGAAGCUAUAUCAAUUCUUGAGAAGCUACACAUGAAGGGUUUUGUGCAUGGAGACGUGAAACCAGAGAAUUUUUUGCUUGGUCAGCCUGGAUCACCUGAUGAAAAGAAGCUCUAUCUCAUUGACCUUGGUCUGGCAUCUAGAUGGAAAGAUGCAACUUCAGGCCAGCAUGUUGAUUAUGAUCAGAGACCAGAUGUUUUCAGGGGAACAAUAAGAUAUGCGAGUGUACAUGCUCAUUUAGGGCGUACUGGAAGUCGAAGGGAUGACCUUGAGUCCCUGGCAUAUACGUUGAUUUUCCUCCUGAAAGGAAGAUUACCAUGGCAGGGUUAUCAGGGGGAUAAUAAGAGCUUUCUCGUUUGUAAGAAAAAGAUGGGCACUUCUCCGGAGCUUAUGUGUUGCUUCUGUCCUGCUCCAUUCAAGCAGUUUCUUGAAGCUGUCACCAACAUGAAAUUUGAUGAAGAGCCAAAUUACUCAAAGUUGAUAUCUUUCUUUGAGAGCCUUAUUGAGCCAUGCACCCAGAUGAGACCAAUUAGAAUUGAUGGAGCUUUGAAGGUUGGUCAAAAACGGGGAAGAUUGCUCAUAAACUUGGAAGAAGAUGAGCAGCCAAAGAAGAAAGUUCGUUUGGGAAGUCCUGCUACCCAGUGGAUAUCAGUUUACAAUGCGCGUCGUCCUAUGAAGCAGAGAUAUCACUACAACGUGGCGGACUCGCGAUUAAAUCAGCACGUAGACAAGGGCAAUGAAGAUGGGCUAUAUAUCAGCUGUGUGGCAUCGGCAGCAAAUCUGUGGGCCUUGAUUAUGGAUGCUGGGACUGGUUUUACUUCCCAGGUUUAUGAAUUGUCAGGUGUCUUCCUGCGCAAGGAUUGGAUCAUGGAACAGUGGGAAAGGAACUAUUAUAUCAGUUCAGUGGCAGGUGCAACCAAUGGGAGUUCCUUGGUUGUCAUGUCCAAAGGAACACCUUAUACCCAGCAAUCCUAUAAAGUAAGUGAAUCAUUUCCCUUCAAAUGGAUAAACAAGAAGUGGAAAGAAGGGUUCCAUGUCACAUCUAUGACAACAGCAGGUAGUCGAUGGGGUGUGGUUAUGUCCAGAAAUUCUGGGUAUUCCGAUCAGGUCGUGGAGCUCGACUUUUUGUACCCGAGCGAGGGAAUACAUCGGAGAUGGGAGAAUGGUUACAGGAUAACAGCUAUGGCCGCAACUUCUGAUCAGGCAGCUUUCAUAUUAAGCAUUCCAAAGAGGAAGGUGAUGGAUGAAACUCAAGAAACCCUAAGAACAUCUGCAUUCCCAAGCACACACGUAAAGGAAAAAUGGUCAAAGAACCUCUACAUUGCUUCGAUUUGUUACGGGCGAACCGUAUGUUGAUAAGGGUGUACCAUUAGCAUCCAAGUAUUCAAGUUCACAAAAUUUUCAAAGCUGAGACGGCUUUCAUAAAUUUAAGCCGAUUAAUAGGAAACCAACGCAUCUCUUGCAAGAUCUCUCACCUGGUGAAUCAAAAGAGGGAAGACAUGCAUGAUGCGAUGAGGCGAGCCUGGUGCCCCAAAGCAAAACUAAAUUAAGCGGGGCCAUAAGAUUAUUAAGAGAGACAUGUAUCAGUACCCUUUGUUGACAGCCAUUGUUGUAUGGAAUUAAAGCUUCUAAUGAGUGAUGAUGAGUUGCAAAUAUAUGGUGAGCUGUUCCAUGCCACCGGAGACCUUUCCUUGGUCGGGACAUUCUUCGAUCGUUAUCAUAAUCCAAAGAAAGUGUGAUUUCUAUGCA